AUGCUACUGCACAUCUUGUUUAUGCUGUGGGCUUCAUCUGUCAUUUUUCUGCAAGGCAGAUCUGUGCUCUGUAAGGAGAUGAAGUUCCCCAGCAGGGCAGUCAAGCCCCCCUCUCCAUCUGACUUUCUGGACAAACUGAUGGGACGCACAUCUGGAUAUGAUGCCCGCAUCAGACCAAACUUCAAAGGUCCUCCUGUCAAUGUCACCUGUAACAUCUUCAUCAACAGCUUCGGAUCCAUCACUGAAACAACUAUGGACUACCGCCUCAAUGUAUUUCUGAGACAACAGUGGAAUGACCCUCGACUGGCAUAUAAGGAGUAUCCAGAUGACUCUCUGGACCUGGACCCCUCAAUGUUGGACUCCAUUUGGAAACCUGACCUGUUCUUUGCAAAUGAAAAGGGAGCAAACUUCCACGAGGUUACAACAGACAACAAACUCCUGCGGAUAUUCCAGAAUGGAAAUGUCCUCUACAGCAUCAGGCUGACACUAACCCUUUCCUGUCCCAUGGAUCUGAAAAACUUCCCCAUGGAUAGCCAGACAUGUACCAUGCAGCUCGAAAGCUUUGGCUACACCAUGAAUGAUCUUAUUUUUGAAUGGCUGGAUGUGGGAGCAGUGCAGGUGGCUGAUGAUCUGACCCUCCCUCAGUUUGUUCUAAAAGAGGAGAAAGGCCUCGGCUACUGCACCAAGCACUACAAUACAGGUAAAUUCACCUGCAUUGAGGUCAAAUUCUACCUGGAGCGUCAAAUGGGCUACUACCUGAUCCAGAUGUACAUACCAAGCUUGCUCACUGUCAUCCUUUCCUGGGUGUCGUUCUGGAUCAACAUGGAUGCGGCUCCGGCCAGAGUGGGACUGGGCAUCACUACAGUGCUCACCAUGACAACGCAGAGCUCUGGAUCCAGGGCUUCCCUGCCAAAGGUGUCCUAUGUGAAAGCCAUAGAUAUCUGGAUGGCAGUUUGUCUUCUUUUCGUGUUUGCUGCACUACUGGAGUAUGCAGCCGUAAAUUUUGUUUCACGCCAGCACAAGGAGUUCUUCAGACUGAGGAAGAAGCUCAAAGAGCAACAGCGGCAGAGAGCUCAGGGAAGUGGUGACAGUAAGCUGAAAGGAAACAACAUGUCAGGCAACAGUGCUCCUCAUGGGAACGUGGUCCAGCAGUGCAGUGCCUGUGCCAGGGAGGAGGAGAUGGCACAGCAGGGUUUACUCUUCCAGAGUUUUGGACUUGCACUGUCAACAGGAAGUGCACCAGAAAUGGAUGCAACACCAGUCUUUGCUGAUUUACCUCCCGGUUUGGGUUACUAUGACAUACGCAGGCGCUUUGUGGAUCGGGCAAAAAGGAUUGAUACCAUCUCCCGAGCUGUUUUCCCCAUGAGUUUCCUCAUGUUUAAUGUUCUGUACUGGCUUACAUACAAAGUUCUACGGCAUGAAGACGUGCAGGCCACACUGUGA